GUCGAUUUCUCUCCUUAUAAAGUGUGAGUGCAUUCUAAGAGUUCGAGAAAAGUGCGUCUAGGCUGAACUGAGUUACUAUUACCAUAAGUUAUAAGGCCACACUACGAGUGUGUGCUUAUAAGGACUGAUGGCAAUAUUUCCAAGUUCUGAAACAUCUCAUGAGUUAAGUACUCGAUCAUCUUAAUCCACUUAUUACCAGCUUGUUUCUCCGGACUCCUUGAUCAUAUGUUUCGGAAAACCAUCCAAGGAUUUUAGUAGCUUAGACUUUAAUCACCAUUGAUUGAAAUAAUUCCUUUCUGAUCAUCACAAUUGGACUACUAUCUAUUUUUAAACAGAUGAGAUUUGUAUUUUGAGGAAAGAGGGCUGGAGGUCUAUGUUAGUCUUUUUGCAGUAGGCCUUUGUAUAUUUGUAGUUUUCUCUUGAACGAGUCUAUUAAGUGCUUGCAUCACUGAUACUCUCUGUCAGUCAGACUCGGACGACCGUAACACAUGUCAACCAUUUCUGUCAGUAGGUUCCAAACGUUGACUACUCAGUGUGAAAACGUCUAUACUACUUGGUCGUCAGUGACUGCGAUCAGUUAGAUGAAAUGCCACCAAACUCCGAGACUAACUACCCAGUCAAUUAAACCAAAAUUAGUCCUCCAAAAUUGAAAUCUACCGAGGAUAGUCCAUCGGGAUAUUAGUGUCUGCUCUUUUUCGUCUUUGACUGGUCAUAUUUCACGUAUUUUCACAUGUUUUAAGCUUGGAAUUGUCUGUCAGUCAGUAACAACGUAGAACUUCGUACGUACGUACAUCAGUUCAAGUUGCCAUACCAUAUUAGCACAGUGAUGCAGUUGUCGAUUCAAUCGCUCCCUUACUGUGUUAGUUGCUAGAUAGUAGGCAGCUAUACUGCUGACUCCCAACGUUUCCUCAAAUUGUAUCAUCAUCAUUUGGUCGGUUCAAGUAGAAUCACCUUCCAAUAUUUUUACGGCAGUUGCUGACUAAUAGUUUUCAACUCCAACCAUCUGAGUUCCUGUCCUCUUUGGAAAGGUCUCAUAGCUAACGAGUUGUGUAAGUAUCAGUUACAGGAGUGUUUAUUACUGCUGAAAUCUAUUCAAUGAUCUCGGACCGAAAAACUUGCUGGUUACAACUACAUAUACACAAAAUAAAUUGGAGAUGAGUCUUCUAGCCUUAGUGUUCUGGUUUUAUGUAAAAAUUCUUACAAUACUUAUUUGCUAUAUCCACUCAUUUAAUAGCAAUACUGAAGUGUUCGUUUCAUUAUGAUAUGAUUGUUGCCCUGAGAAUUCUAUAUUGUACCAAAAUAUAAUAUUGAAUAAAGCCAUUAAUAACAAAAUUAAUAAUAAUAAUAAUUUUAGUUUCAUUUAUCCUACUAAAGAGACUAGUGAGUUUUCGUUCUGUCAACAGAUUCUAGUUUACUAUAGUGCUAAUUGAAUACCAGAUUACUGGGAUUGUUGCCCCAAAACUUAAAGCAUACUUUUAAUUUUACCCGUUUCAGAGAAGCCAUCAAUAAUGGGGAAGUCUUCACGCGAUAAACGUGAUAUUUACUAUAGAUUAGCUAAAGAAGAGGGUUGGAGAGCACGUAGUGCCUAUAAGCUGCUACAAAUUGAUGAUGAGUAUGGAAUUUUUUCUCCUGAAAAUGCUCCUUUAGAACGAGUGGUUGAUUUGUGUGCUGCACCUGGUAGCUGGUCACAAGUAUUAUCAAAACGUUUAUGGGAAUCGAAAUCCCCAGAGGAUCAAAAAUCUGUGAAAAUCGUUGCCGUAGAUCUACAGGCUAUGGCCCCAAUACCAGGAGUUAUUCAAAUUCAAGGCGAUAUUACUAGUCAGGAUACGGCUCAACAGAUUAUAAAACAUUUUGACGGCAAGUUAGCUCAACUUGUUGUUUGUGAUGGUGCUCCAGAUGUGACAGGUCUACAUGAUUUGGAUGAAUAUGUUCAGUCGCAUCUUAUCUUAGCUGCUAUAACUAUCUGUUCAAGAGUUCUUGAGCUUGGUGGUACAUUUGUUGCUAAGGUUUUUCGUGGACGAGAUUCUGGUUUACUAGGUUCCCAACUCCGACUUUUGUUUUCGGGUGAAGUUAGUUUUGCAAAACCAAGAGCUAGUCGGAACUCUAGUUUAGAGUCCUUUGUUGUAUGUCGUGGAUUUAUGGGUCCUCGUUUACGGACAGAUUUGAAACCAUCCACAUCUUUUGAGAAUCAUUCAAGCAACGAUAAUUUGCUAUUAUUAUGGUACGACAAGGAUAACUUUGAAGACGUUAAUUCUUCUCAACAAGCUCUAUUACCAUUCAUGGCGUGUGGAGAUUUAAGAGGUUUUGACCCAGAUGUCACGUACACUUUAGACCCUGAUCAUAUAGUCAAGCCACCAGUACAAGUUCCUGUAGAUCCUGCUUAUUCCGAAGUUUGCCGAUUCAGUCGCUUAAAUCAAUCAAAUACUUCAAAAUUUCAAUCUUUGGAAAAGAAUAAUGAAAUGGAUAAUAAUGAUGAUAUUUCUAGAUUUACAGAACUUAUGGAAAAGUUGUCUUUUGAUCCAAGAGAAGAUCAUUUAUGA